UCAGACUGUGGAAGUGUGACUAUAUUAUUUAAUACAAUUGCAAGUAUUAGAUCGAGAGUAUGGCCACCAUUAUGAGUGGGUCCGAUGUUCUUAUUAACCCCUACUGAAUCUAGAAUGCCCAUGAAUGCUGUUUUUCAGAGUGUCUUCCAGGUUACCAAAGUGAAUAUUAAAGUUUCCAGCAAUUAAUUAUUUUGUUGGAAUAAACAACCAGGUUUGAGAUGAAAUCCGCGAAUUCAGAUUGCAGGUCAGUAAAUACAACCCUGUGGCAGUGGGGGCGUGGUUGGCUGUGAACGGUGAGGAGGUAGAUUGAACCAGCAGGUAAUGUGAUGAGGUGCACCUGUGUCAAAUUACUGGCUGUCUAUUAAUCUGUGUCACUGUCUUUCAGUCAGGAAUGAGGCAGAGAGUUGUGCCACCCCAUUGCAUGUGUUUGUCACUGCAAAGUCUUGGGGAACAAUCUCAAUAUAGUGGAACCUGAAUGAUGAGACUGUGGUUUAGCCUGUUCGUCUGCACCCUGGCCUUGGAUUUAACUAAGCCUGUUCUGAGACUCUGUGUGAGGACAUGAAAACCGAGACAUUCACAAAUGGAGGGAUAUCAGAAGUCCAUGUGAAGAAAGAGGAGAUGCUGGAGCUGAAAAUCUGCAACAAUGGAGACAACCUUGAUGACCCACCUGAAAGUCUCUCCGUUAAAGUGGAAGAUCCUGACAAUAAAGACUACCUCUACUGUGAAGUUUGCAAAUCCUUCUUCCUCAACAAAUGUGAGGUUCACGGACCACCCCUCUUCAUCUCAGAUACUCCUGUUCCCAUGGGAGUCCCUGACCGAGCCAGACAAACACUUCCUCCUGGGCUAGCAAUCCAGAAGUCCAGUAUUCCUGAUGCAGGCCUGGGAGUGUUUAACAAAGGGGAGACUGUUCCAGUAGGCGUACACUUCGGACCCUACCAGGGAGCGCCGGUAAACAGAGAGGAAGCCAGGAACAGUGGAGACUCCACGGUUAUAUACAGGAGCAUGCAGUGUGAAGAAUACAUCGAUGCCAAAAGAGAGAUGCAUGUGAAUUGGAUGAGGUAUGUGAAUUGUGCCCGUAAUAAUGAAGAAAAGAAUCUUGUGGCAUUUCAGUAUCAAGGGGGAAUUCUGUAUCGUUGCUGUCAGCCCAUUAACCCAGAACAGGAGCUCUUGGUGUGGUAUGAAGACGAGUACGCCAAAGAACUCAGUCCUGCACCUACAGGAACAACCAGACAACAAGAAGUAAAGAAUGCUCUGCUGCAAGUUUUCUCCUGCUUCAAAUGUCCUCAUUCCUAUGCAUCUCAAAUUUACCUUGACAAACACAUCCAGAGAUGCCAUUAUAAAGAGUAUGAGAGACUGCAGGAAUCAAGAGAGAUUAAAUAUGAGCUUCAGAUCCCCUCCAAAUGCUCUAGUAGUCAGCCAACAUCAACUGACACUUCUCACAGUGAUCUCCAGAAGGGAAUUCACCACUGCUCAGACUGUGGAACGAGUUUCGGUCAUCAGAAUGCACUCAAGACCCACCAGUGCAGUCACACAGGAAAGAAGCCGUAUCACUGCUCACAGUGUGGAAAGAGUUUUCCUCAUCAGAGUAAUCUCCAACGACACCAGCGUAUUCACACAGGAGAGAAGCCGCAUCAUUGCUCACAGUGUGGAAAGAGUUUUACUCAGCAGAGUCAUCUCCAAACACACCAGCGCAUUCACACAGGAGAGAAGCCGUAUCACUGCUCACAGUGUGGAAAUAGUUUUACUCAACAGAGUCAUCUCCAACAGCACCAGCGCAUUCACAGAGGAGAGAAGCCACAUCACUGCUCACAGUGUGGAAAGAGUUUUACUCGUCAGAGUAAUCUCCAACAACACCAGCACAUUCACAUAGGAGAGAAGCCAUUUCACUGCUCACAGUGUGGAAAGAGGUUCACUCAUCAGAGUGAUCUCCAACGACACCACCGCAUUCACACAGGGGAGAAGCCGUUUCACUGCUCACAGUGUGGAAAGAGUUUUCCUUAUCGGAGUAAUCUCCAACAACACCAGCGCAUUCACACAGGAGAGAAGCCGUAUCACUGUUUACAGUGUGGAAAGAGUUUUAUUCGUCAGGGUGAUCUCCAAAAACACCAGCGCAUUCACACAGGAGAGAAGCCAUAUCGCUGUUCACAGUGUGGAAAGAGUUUUACUCAUCGGAGUAACCUCCAACAACACCAGCGCAUUCACACAGGAGAGAAGCCGUAUCACUGCUCACAGUGUGGGAAGAGUUUUUUUCGUCAGAGUGAUCUCCAAAAACACCAGCGCAUUCACACAGGAGAGAAGCCAUAUCACUGCUCACAGUGUGGAAAAAGUUUUAAUCAUCAGAGUGAACUCCAACCACACCAGCGUAUUCACACAGGAGAAAAGCCAUAUCACUGCUCACAGUGUGGGAAGAGUUUUACUCAGCAGAGUGCUCUCCAACAACACCAGCGCAUUCACACAGGAGAGAAGCCAUAUCACUGCUCACAGUGUGGGAAGAGUUUUACUCAGCAGGGUGCUCUCCAACGACACCAGCGCAUUCACAAAGGAGAGAAGCCGUAUCACUGCUCACAGUGUGGGAAGAGUUUUAUUCAGCAGAGUCAUCUCGAAACACACCAGCACAUUCACACAGGAGAGAAGUCGCAUCACUGAUCAGUGUGGAAAGAUGUUUACUUAUUAUUCAGUUACAUUUAAGACCUACAAGUGCACUAACUCAGACACUGCAUGAUUUUAAAGUUACCGAUUUAAAUAUGGUUAUUACUCCACUUUUGGCUGAAAAUGACCUGUACUUUGAACUUUAUUGUUCAUAUUAUGACUUUUAAAAUAUGUAACCAUAUAGUGAUGUUUAAAACAAGACUAUUAAUCUUUUUCUUUUGAUCUUUAGUCAUUAAUUACCACCAUACAAGUAAUGAUUUAACUACAGCACUAUCAGUGUACUGAUAGUACAUUAAACUACUGAUCAGUAAUAAUUCCAUGAACAAGCACUGCAGUACUAUGUUUAACAAAUGUGGAUCAAACUAAAUGAGUAUGGAGCAUUUAAAUGAAGCUUGUCCAGCUAUAUGCAUCAGCCUUGUCUAACUGGUAGAAGAGAAGGCAUCGCAGUUAUUUAUAAUGAUAAUCUAGGACUCAUACAAAAACCUGAACAAAAAUUCAGUAUGUUUGAAGUUCUUUAUACAAACACAUGUAGCCAAACAAAAUAAGUCUCUCCAGUUGAUUCAGCCAAUUAUUAUUUACAGACCCAUGGUCUAUAUUCUGAAUUUGUGGAUUUCAUCUCGAACCUGAUUGUUUCUUUAGACAAAGAAUUGAUUGUUGGAGACUUUAAUAUUCAUUUUGAUCACCUGAGAACAGCAUUCGUGUCCAUUCUAGGUUCAGUAGGGGUUAAUCAGAAUGUCAUAGGACCUACUCAUAAUGAUGGUCACACUCUCAAUCUAAUGCUUGCAUUUUAAUUCAAUAUAGAAAAUAUAAGUCACACUUCCACAGUAUGACGCUACCUCAGAUCAUUACCUCAUCUCCUUUAAAAUGUCUUAGCAAUAAUGUAUGCACCUUGCCACACCACAAUAAAUCAGGUGAACACAAUUUUUAGACCUGGAAUUUAAAUUGGGAUGAAUGGCAAAGGUUUCUUUUGUUGUUUUGUUGGAUACCCAUUUUUUAUAUUUCGUAUUCCAGACAACAGAGUUCCCUUAAACUCUGAAGGAGGCUUCAACUUGCUGUGGACUAAUAAGUCUCCUAAAUUUUGAUUUCUCUGAAAAGCAGAUAUUUUGUAAUUUCCCAGCACCGGGGAAUUUUUAUUGAUCAUAUUGAAAUUCUGCUUUACUUUUGUAUUGAUCUCCACACCGAUCUUUGAGUAGGUGGGAGAGAAGGGGAUCAUUUCUUUGUCAUCCCUGACUUUGAUUUCCUGAAAGAAUUUAAGGAUCUUUUGAAGAAAAGACUGGGAGGAAUCCCUGGAUCUUAGUGUGCUAAACAAUGUUCUUGUGGCUUCCCAAGAAUUCUCCUUCCUUGAACAAAUUUUCUAAAAUCUGAGUAGCUGGCACUUUACUAUUCCCCUGAAGGUGAAAGCUCCUAUGUAGUAGUGCAUGAGUAUCAGUUUCUUUGAAAUAAACCUUAAUGUCCAAUGUA